AUGUUACCAUUUCACGCCAAACUAAUAGAAGUAGUCUCAGAAGCACAUCUCUUAGACUCCGGCAACCUAGUUCUGGUGGGACUUGAAGGCAAGAACUUAUGGCAGAGUUUUAACCACCCAACUGAUACAGCUUUGCCAAAUAUGAAAAUUACUGUCACCAAGAGUUCUAACAGAAGGAAGAUGUUACAGGCGUGGAAUGGCCCUUCAGACCCCUCUUUUGGGAGAUUCUCUGUUGGCAUUGAUUCCUUUGCCUUCCCUCAACUUGUCAUAUUCGAUGGUGAUCAACCCUAUUGGAGAAGUGGUCCAUGGAAUGGACACAUCUUUACUGGUACAACAAAUAACAAGACUGAUGAUUUCAAUGAUGCUGGAUUCAAUCUUGAGAAUGACUGGCAAGGUACCAUUUCUUUGAAUUAUUCUUAUACUAAUCAGUCAGUGCUGUCUAACUAUGGGUUGAGCUACCAAGGGACUUUGACUCAACAAUGGUGGGAUGAAAAUGAGAAAAAAUGGAAGGUUGCGUGGGAAGCUCCACAAACAGUGUGUGAUUUUUAUGGCAAGUGUGGAGCAUUCGGAAGUUGUAAUUUGCUAAAUUCACCAAUUUGUCGGUGUUUGAAAGGAUUCAAACCAAAGAAUAAGUUUAAAUGGAAUAAAGGUGCUGGGUGUAUGUCAUGUAACAGAGAUUUGAUUGACACUGAAGAGUUGUCAGCAGGUGGGGUGGAUCUUUACCUAAGGCUGGCACAUUCUGAGCUAGGGAACAACAGGAAAACGGUAACAGCUAUUGCAGCAACAGGGAGCUUAGCAACAAUUACAGUUGUUUCCUUUAUUUUAAUUCUGAGGAGGCGCCAGACCCUAAAACAAGGCAAUAUUUUCAUAGUACUCUGUAGUCAGAAGAAGAGCAUAACCAAAUUUUUUCUACUUACUGAAAAUCUAACAUCUCAAGGAAAGAAACUUCAGAAAAGACAAAGAGUGUCAGAUGUUCUCAGAAUAGACAAUAACCAUGAUCAGAUCGAAGAGGUUCCGCUAUUUGAUUUUAAAAGGGUGGCAAUGGCUACAAACAACUUCCAGGACACUAACAAGCUAGGAAAAGGUGGAUUUGGUACAGUUUACAAGGGGAAAUUAGAAGAUGGACAAGAAAUUGCUGUCAAGAAACUUUCAAAAGCCUCAGGACAAGGAGUAGAAGAGUUUAUGAAUUAA